GCUUUCCAAUUUCCAAUGAAGGACUGAACUAGUGGUAGUGUGCUGCGCACGGGCACGGGGCCAUUUGUUCAUUAUGCCAAUGAAAUUCAGUUUCUAAUGCAGAAAAUGGACUUACAAAAAUCCCCGCAAUCAAAUAUUAUGACUUUUUCCAUCUAAAACCACACACUGUAUCUAACUUUCUUUAGUACAUAGAUACAUUGGAACAAAUCGAUCAACUAUCGAUAAAGGAUAGAUAGCUGAAGUUUUAUUUCCUAAUAGGACGAUUACAUGGCUGCCCUGGUUAGCGUUUACACGCCGUGGCCCGAAAACUUUGAUCGCUCCGCGGGAGAUGGGAAUCCGUCUGACGGGCAGGCAACGCGCAGAGCCCCGGCCGACAAGAGAUCGGAACCGCGCAUCAGGAGACCCAUGAACGCGUUUAUGGUUUGGGCUAAAGACGAACGAAAAAGGCUGGCUGUUCAGAACCCCGAUCUUCACAAUGCGGAGCUCAGCAAAAUGUUAGGGAAGUCUUGGAAGGCCCUCACGCCCCUUCAGAAAAGGCCGUACGUGGAGGAGGCGGAGAGACUGCGGUUGCAGCACAUGCAGGACUACCCCAACUAUAAGUACCGUCCUCGGCGGAAGAAGCAGCUGAGGCGUGUCUGCAAGCGCGUGGAGCCCGGCUACCUCCUCAGUGGCCUAUCCCCAGAUAAAAACACUCUCCAAGUGGCUUGCGGCCGCCAUCCUGCCUUGGAUAAGGAAGAACAGGUGUCCUUCUCUCCCAAUCCCAUCCCACAAGCUAUACGGGAUUUCAGAGAUCCACCCACAACCACUGGCACCUUCAAAGCCUCCUCCUGUAGCCUGCCCCCUCCUCCAGAAGUCUUCCAACUGGCCAGCCUUGAUGAGGACUCUUCCUCUCUCUACUCAACCUCUUCCACCUGCCCCGAGGAUCCGCGCCCUAUGCCACCUUAUUCCCAGAAUUCCCCUCAAUAUACUGGGCCACAUCCUGAGCAGAUAUCAACCAGUUCAACACUGAUCUCCACCCAAAAUUCCAGUCCGCUUACUUUUUCCUACUACAGCCUUUCAUACCCGCCGAUGAGUCACGGUCUUCACCGGCAUCUGGAACAAGUGUCACCACCCCCAGAGCACAACAGCCUAGAGACCCUGGAUCAGCUGAGCCAGGCGGAGCUCCUGGCCGAAGUGGACAGGGAUGAGUUUGACCAGUACCUAACCUCUGUGGAGUCCCACAGUCAAGGUGCAGUGACUGUGACAGGACACAUUCAGGCGAUGUCUCCUUCCUGUAGCAGCAGUAUCUCAGAGACCAGCAUCAUAUCUGUCCUAGCAGAUGCCACAGCAGCCUAUUACAACAACUACAGCAUUUCCUAAAUGCGCUUUUAUGCAUUAUCCUCACUCAGACUGAUUUGAUAUGAAUUCCGAUAAAAACUUUUGCAGAGAUUUAACAGUACAGUGUUGCUGAACACGUGCUACUUAAUUGUCUUUAAUGUUUAUGUUAACUUUUAAUUUCAUAAGUUAAAUCAGCAUUCCCAUAUUCUGUCUGAAAUAUUUUACCUCAGCAGCUAUAAAGAUGAAUAAAACGUUUUAUAGAAAUUGAAACAAGAAAACAAUUAUUGUAGUUCAUUUUUUGGUUUAAGUUCUUUAUAUUGUCAAGAAAAUAUUAACAGCAUUGAUUUUUUUAUGUUGUAUUUUUUUGUUGGUAGUUUGUAACACGAUAUAAAUUAUUAUAUAAACUGGUGAUGCAAAGUCAUGUAAUUUCAUCCAAGAAAUUAUAAGUAUCAAAUGAAAAAGUAUUAAGAAAACAUUUUGUUUUUUGGAAUAAAUCGAACUACCUGUUUUAAUAAGCAAAACAAUCGAAAUGAA